UACUAUCGAUAGUGCCAUCGAUAGUUUUGCACCUCUUGCGUGCUGUUGAUUGGAUUGCUUCUCGGGUGAAAAUUUUGUUUGAUGAAUUAAGUUAUUCAAUUUAUAGCAUUUACAUCUGAAAAAACUUUUGAAACAAUGAGGGAGUCAUUGCAUGUCUGCGGAAAGAUAUUAACAACAGAUGACUAUCAUUUUUUUGCUCUCUCCUGCGAAAAGUGCGAGGCGUCAUUUGGGCAGUGGUCGGGAUUUCUAAAACACUUGAGUAAUAAACAUGACCUUAAUUUGCCGGUAAAAAAUGAAUUCGAGAAAGAGCAGGAUAAAAAUUCAGAAUGUGAAGAAGUAACUUUUAAAGCGACUGUAAAGAAAGAAAUGGAACAUGAGUUAAUAAAACAAAACAAAGUUGAUGCGGCUGAGUAUGAAAGUGAAAGCGAUGACAGCGACGAUGACCGCGAAUUUGCCAAGGCAUCCGAUUCCAAUGAUGAGGGCCCCGACAAUGAUGGUGCCAGUGCAAAGUCUGAGGAAUCGACGGGUGCUUGGGACAUGGCUGAUGACAAGAAUAAUAUGUACGAUUCGUCUAGCGAAGAGGAACCCUUGGCCGAUUCCAAGAAAAAACUUAAAACGUUUAAUUUCAAUAUCCAUGAAACGUAUACCCGCGACAUUUCUUACAAAUUUCUAAAAAUAUUAGAAAAGUAUCCAAUCCUAUGGGAUCAACAGCAUUCGAGUUAUUGGGUGCCAGAAAAACGUACUCGCGUACUGUACACAAUUAAACAAUAUAUGACGAAAUUGGGUUGGUCGGUUAGCGAUUACGGGCUUCGGAGCUCAAUACAGCGCAUUUUGCGUGACCAUAAAGGAGCCAAGCAAGAAUUAGCUGUUUGUGGACGCGUAGACGAUCGGAAAUCACUAUUGUUAAAAAAAUGUAGAUUUUUGGACGGUGAAAAGAGCGUUGGUAAUGCCAAUGAAGCAAAUAAUGACUCUGACAUGGAUGAUAACCAAGUUGCCGAUGACUUUAAUGAUGACGAUUUCUCGAUGAGCUCAGAUGGAGGUUCAAAUGCGGAUAACGCAGAUACAAUAAACGCCUUUUGGAAGGACUCGCGUGAUGGCAAACGCAUCAGCUUCAAUAUAAGUGCAAAUCCUCUCAUUGAUGAAUUCGUAAGCUUGUUACGCGAUAACCCACUUUUGUGGGAAAUUGGCCAAUUUCAUAACUUAACCGAGCGCAAACGAAUUAUAGAAGCGUGGAUACCAAUUUUUCAAGAAAAACACAAUGUGAGUUUUACUUACAGAGAUCUGGCAUUGAAUAUAAAGGUAUUGCGCCGUGCUCUCGCAAACAUCGAGGAACGCAAGGUAUUGGCUAAGUCCGCGGAACACCUUAAAGAUAUAUGCAGCUUCUUACCAAAGGCCAAACCAAUUACCCGUCUCAAAUGUGAGGUAUGCAAUCGCAACUUCCUUACUGAAUAUACACUACAAGCGCAUAGGUUUGCCGCCCAUAGCCUUGGCACAAAUCCGUUCAGAUGUGAGGUGUGUGGACGUGAUUUCACAGCACACAAUCAGCUGGAUACUCAUUUGCGACGUGUGCAUCUUAAACAAUUUUCGGUACAUUGCGAUGUCUGCAACCGCGGAUUUUUGCAACACAGUCAAAUGUUGCUACAUCGACAGACGCAUACUGGCGAAAAAACUUUUGUGUGUGAAACAUGUGGCAAAGCUUUUAGACGCAAGAUCAACAUGCAGCAACAUGUCAUACGUAUACAUUUGCGACAACGCAACUUUCCAUGCGAACUCUGUCCCAAAACAUUCUAUCUGAAGUGUCAUUUGCGCGAUCACAUGAACGCACAUUUAAAUAUACGCAAUCACAAAUGCCCUACUUGCGGUAAAGCUUUCCACAGCAGCCAUGCGUUAAUGCGACACAAGCAAAUACACUCUGAAGUUAAGCGCUAUGCAUGCAAGCUUUGCGAUGCUCGCUUCCAUCAAUUUGUGGGACUCAAUUCACACAUGAAGAAUAAGCAUAAAUUUGUAAAUGACAAAGAUGAGGAAGCACCGCCACAGUCUGUGGUGCAUAUGACGACACUGCCGGCACCUACAACAUCGGAGAAUUCGAUGCAAAUUAAAGGAGAGCUUGUGCAAUCAAUGGACAGCUGGACUAUGUAAUUUUAAAAUAGUUUUAUUAAGUUGCAGUAGAGUCUUCUGACAAAGAUUAGGUCACUGAUUCGCUUUGUAUGACUGUGUUUGAUUUUGUUCAAUUUAUUUUAUUGCAAAAACUAAUCCGAAAAUCUAGUGAGUAUACAUUUAUUAAUCUAUACCACGUACGUACGUAUGUGUAUGCAGAUACAGUUAUCAAUUAGUAUUAAACCAAAUUAAUUUUAAAUGCGAUAUUUUAAUUUGUUUCUAAUGAUUUAGUGUCGACAAUGAUUACAUAAAAAUAAAAUUAUAUACCAUUAAAAUGCAUUCACAAGUAAAAUAACGGCCAUGAUACGCACACACAAACAAAUGAACAAUAUUUUUUUGCUUAAAUUCUGACUAUUCAAAGUCAAAGUCUUGGUAUGGGUUUAAAAUGUUCAAUGAUUAUUUGAAAAAUUUAAUUUCUUAAUUACACAGUCCAACAAAUUCAACAUAUUUUCUGCGAAAAAUUACCAUGCUAUAGUUUUGAAACAGGCAUCACAGGGUGUGUUCAGAAAUGCAUCAAGCCAAAGCAUCAGUCUAUCUUAUUUCUAAACUAUAAUUGACGGAAAUGUCCAAUAUGCGCAACCACGAUUAAAUGCUUAUUUGGAACUUGGUUGCGUAAAUAAGGUAAUUCCAUCAAUUAUUGUUUAGUGGUAAAAGAGACUGACGCUUUGGCUUGUUGCAUUUCUGAACACACCCACACUGACCAUUUUCGCUGAACAAAGUUAUAGUCUUGAGUCUGAGAGCUAUUUUAAUUGCACUCAAAGCCUAAGGAGUCAUGGGGGUCUUUGCACCGAGAAUACAAAAUCUCGAAGAGAUUUAACUUUGCCGUUUUAAAGUAAAAAUAUUCGUCAUUAAAAAUUAGAGGUAGUGUGGGAACACAAACUUCCGCAGAUCUCAUUUUAAACAACAAAUUAGAGAAGAAAAUAUAACCUUUCAUAAAAUUAUUAUAAUAUCGUACUUGUAAUAUGUGAAAUAAAUACAUCGCAUGGGAGAAAUUUUUGAA